CGUUGCGAGGGGCGGGACCUGCACCGGAACUCCGCGGAAGGGGCGUGGCUGGCCGUUGCCUAGGAAGGGCGCGUGGUCUUGCUGCUCGCCGAGCUGUGACGGAGAGGGGGUUCCGCUGCAUUUUGUCGCUACUCGGGAGACUACACCUUCCUGAGAACCAGGCCAGAAACGGAAUUAUUUUGUUGCCAGCAGAAGCCAGGUCUCUGGAAUACUGUUUGCUGCCUGUGGAUCUUCUAUUCUUAUGAUUUACCAGAAAGCUCCAGUAGCAGCUACACAGUUGCUUCAUAUCUACUGCUGUUAGAUACUUACUGUCGCCCAUCCUAGUGGUAGCUCUUGGAAAAGAGUCAUAUCAGCUAUUUCCUGUGGUUGCCCUUACCAUCAUGCCAAAGAAUAAAGGCAAAGGAGGCAAAAACAGGCGCCGAGGUAAAAAUGAAAAUGAAUCUGAAAAAAGAGAGUUGGUGUUUAAAGAGGAUGGGCAAGAAUAUGCGCAGGUGAUCAAAAUGCUGGGAAAUGGACGGUUGGAAGCAAUGUGUUUUGAUGGUGUGAAGAGGCUAUGCCACAUCAGAGGAAAGUUGAGAAAAAAGGUUUGGAUAAAUACCUCAGACAUUAUAUUGAUUGGUCUACGAGACUAUCAAGAUAACAAAGCUGAUGUAAUCUUAAAGUAUAAUGCAGAUGAAGCAAGAAGUCUGAAGGCAUAUGGAGAACUUCCAGAACAUGCUAAAAUCAACGAAACGGACACGUUUGGUACUGGGGAUGAUGAUGAAAUCCAGUUUGAUGAUAUUGGAGAUGAUGAUGAAGACAUUGAUGAUAUCUAAGCUGAACUAAGCAUUGUUACAUUCCGUGUUCUUUGAAGAUAGUUCUACACACUUGGAAUGUUGACCUUCAGCUGUUAAGUAAACUUUAUUUAGCAUGAGUAUGACUUAGUGCAGAUUGAUGUAUUUUUAUUCUUUAAAGUAUAUUUCUUUGAAAACCAAAGAUGUUGAGUUAAGUGACACAUUAACACUUUGUGCUUAUGGAUGUAAUUGAAUUAAGAGUACAGCAGUGUGUACUGUUAGGAGACUGCCUUCCCAUUUGUGACUCUUCAUUUCUGGCACGUGUUUUGUACCAGCAGUUCUGCCUGGUAAUCAUCGUGGGCCUGGUAAGCCCUUGGCCAGCCCAUUGCUUCGGGUCUUUAUAGUCUGGUCAUCUGGCUGUGCUUUGAGCCUUCUCAUCAGACUUUAGAUAAUGCCAGGCUACAUUUGGAGUCAGACUGCACCUAUUUUUCUAUGUAUAGAGCCAGGCCACCUUUUACGUUCAGGUUCUAUACAUUUUAUCCUUUACAUGUUGCCACGCAUAAAUAGGCAUUUUAUAGUGCAGUUUUAAAAUUACAUGGGAAGCAAUUUUUUGAGUUUUAAAGGUUAGUCAUUGUAGAAAUUAAAUACUUAGGUUGUAAUCUGUUACUUGAGUUUAGAAACAUAAUAGUUGACAAUGUUUAUGUGAUUUUUACUUUUCUAAGGUAUACACAAAAAUAGAAAAUGAAAAUAAAGAGAAAUAAAUAUGUUCUGAUACUCACAUAGAGGAAUUUUCAAAGAAGAUAGUUGGUAAUAGCACAUAAAAUAAAAUAUUUUUUACUUUGCAAAGUAGGUUGUGUUAAAAAGUCAUUUUCAAAAAAUUAGCUACUAUAUUGAGGCUUUGAAUGAUUUAAUUACUAUGUAUAGGCUAACGUUAAUUGCAUAAUUGUAUAAAUGUCUUCCUUGAACUAAACUUAGGUUAAAGGGAAAGGAGCCACAGCUUUAUGAGAAGGUGAUUUCUACUUUCUGAAUGGUGUUGGUAUAAAAUUAGUUUUUCUUUUUAAUAUGUUCAUUAUCUCUGCUAUAUAAUAAAAAUAAACAACUGGAUAAUUUCUAGUUCA